GGUCACCGGCUCGUCACAUGGUUGCACACGGUUCGUCCGGGCUGCAGGUUGGUCUCCCGGUGGACGUGAGCUCCCCACGAGGUUAAGAGGAACUCACAUCCCGGGGCUGAAGCGGAGAGGACCGUGUGACUCUCCCCCGCAGGGAGGUUUCGCUUCUCCGUUAAGUUUCCUCUCUCGAGUCUGUUCCAGGAAACGCCUCUUGUUUGUCUGACUCACCUGCAUGGGUUGACCCCCUCCUCCUCCUCCUCCUCCUCCUCUGUGAAGAUGAUCGGCUCACCGGACCUGCUGGCCUUCACCGGCACAGAGGGGUUCGGAGAAGGAGAGGAGGACCAGGAGGGUCUACCUGAAGAUCUCUCUGUCCCCCUUCUGCCUCCAUCCAACCCCUGGGCCUCCUCCAACCAGUUCCACAGGGACUUCAUACUGGUGGCUGAAUUCUCAGAGCAGGUUGGACCCAGACCUGUUCAUACGAUACCGGACGACCCCAGAGUCAUCGGAUCAUUUGACCUCAACCACUUCUCUGUUCGCAUUAUGUCUGUGGACUACCAGGCGUCCGGCCCCUGCCAGGCCCCCCCGGCGUCCCCCGGACCCCGCCUCAACUUCAGCGAGGACUCCAAGGUGGUCCUGGGGGACUCGGCGGAGGACGCGUUCGCAUACGUCCACCACGUGACCCUGUAUGACCUGGAGGCUCGGGGCAUGGUGCGGCCCUUCUGCAUGGCCUACGUCUGCUCCGACCAGAGGAAGCUGAUGGAGAACUUCUCCGAACUGUCGACGAACUUCUCUAAGGCCGCCGACAGCCUCAAGACGGGAAACAGACAAGCGUUCUCUAUGGAGCUGCAGAGAAAACUACAGGAGCUCGAGUACACCAGGUUGACUCUGCUGCAGGAGACAGAACCUCCGAUGGCGACCAAUGGGUUCACAGAAGAGGGAGUAAAAGCAGAUGAGCUUGAAGCUGUAGAUCGUUCAAUCUUACAUCAUAGAGACCUCCUCCGCCAGGUCACGUCCUACCCAAACAGGAAGCUGAAACAGCCUGACUUCCUGCCUUACGACCCAGCCGACUCCCUCACUGAUCAGAUCUCGUCACCGCCUCCUGAGCUCCGCCCCCCCCUCUCCACCUCCUGCAGGUCCGAGCGCCGCCUGAAGUCUAUGGAGGAGCUUUGCAACGAAUACUUCCUGAGACUGAUGAAGGAGCAGCUCGCUGACACGGAGCGCCGCCUGCGUGGCAACAGGAGCGUGCUGCGAACCGCUCGCGUCAUACGGUCGUUGUCCAGGAGGAUCACGCUCACCAACUUCCUGUUCGAGAUGUGGAGCCCGGAGGACGGCGAUGAGGAGGAGAGAGAGAGCGCUGAGGCGGCACCGAGUAAGAGCGCUGUGGAGAUGUUUCAAUCAGAUCCCAUGAGCCUGGAGUCAUUCUGCUCCUGCGUGGAGGAGAUCCCCAUCAAACUGGAGGCAGAGAGAGCUGGGACAGCGACCCCUGACCCCAACGUUGCCAUGGAGACAGGAAGCGUGAGCAGCGGCGACAGCAUUGAAGUGCUCGGGACUGAGAAGUCCUACCGGACACAGCAUGGAUCUGACAGCAGAGAAACACCUGUUGGGAUGACGGACACCUCUUACAGGCGAGCCGCGGUUGAUUCAGUCGUCAGAAGCGCGCGGACGUACGCCAAACGAGCCAACAGCGAGGACAGCAUCGAGGUGCUGAGUACCACCGAGUCCAUCUUCCCCGACGACCUCACCGCCAUCACGGAGGAAGAAACGGAGCAUCAACCUCUGAGUAACGGCUUUGAGAAUGAGGAGGAGACACAGACGGAGCGUAAAUCUGAGGAUUUCCUCAAAGAGGAGAUGACACAGAAUGCAACUACCUCAGUAAGGGAGGAUGAAAACAAAGAGAGCGCUCAGGACGAUGACGGCCGUGUUGACAGAGAGGACGCCUUAAAGCAAACAAGUGUUAGUGGUGAGGUUGUGAUGAAGAAGGGGAAGGUCAUCGAUUGUUUGAAGAGCAUUCAGAUCCAUGAAGGCAACCCUCCUGUGAAGACGUCUAAACUGCUGCAAGUUGAAGAAGCCGUGGAGUCGACUGAAGUCCAUCAGACCAUGCCGUCGCUGCCUUACCUUCAUGUCCACUUCACCCCUCCCGUCGUCCCGGCGGAGGUUGACCGGUGGUCUCCGCCCGCCGCUCCUCUCAGGCUGCUGAGCAUCGACGAGGGGUCCGACUGCGUCAGCUUCACCGGCUCCUCGGACCCGCAGUCUCUCACCCAAACCGUCCACAGCAGCACCCGCUUAGAUCAGAGGAGGAGGAGGAAGGCGGGACUCAGAGCCCUCAGGUUCCUCAAACAGAACUCCUUCUCCCAGCAUGCCGUGUUUUGCCUCCUGAGCGGUCGGCCGCUGGUCGUCGUCAGCGGAGACGAGAGUUUGGUCAGGAAACUGGUGGACGCUCUGAGUCUCUUCCUGCCUGCUCCUGGUCCUGAUGGGAACGCUGUGAUGCUGUGUUUGACGGCGCCGCUCCAGCUGAGCGACCUGCUCAGCUGGAGACUAAUAGGAAUACACAGAUCUUCCUCCAGCUUGUCGGCCGCCAUUCUUCACUCUCUCACUCGCUACAGUCGUUAUUUGGCGCUGUUGGAUCUGGACCAGAGGACGCUGCGCUGUCCGUCAUACUCCGGCUGUCUCAUCAGCAGACUGGCGAAUCCUCACACCGGCAUCAGCCGAGGACUCACCUACCUGCUGUACCUGGAGAGCUGCCUGACUGCACUGACCAACCAGGCUCUGCUGUACACGUUUACUCCGGCUGCACAGCGUCCACACACCGCUGGAGGGAGCAAUGGCACAGAAGGAAAGGACUUAUCUUGCAGCAGUGAGUAUGAUUUGAGAGUGAUGCAUUACCUGAGUGACCUCAUCAAACAGCGCCACGCAGGACGUGGACCACCGGUUUUAGGAUUCUCUUACAGCUCGAUGCACCUGCACAGAAAUACAUAUGCAGCAUAACACUGGAUGGACACAAAACUAUUGACUUGUCAUAAAGAUGGUCUAUAAUAAGAGCUGCAAUGAGUAAGGAAUCACGCUGCUAUGUUUUUAAUCUGCCGUGUUGAAUGUUCGUGUGCAUGCUUGACUUUUACUGAUUUUUAUUUAGUUUUUAUGCUGUGGGUCACGUCUCUCUGGAUUACUGGAUGCAAAUGCACUUGUGCCUCACUGGCACCAAAGAUUUUCAUAUGCCUGAUGCCUCAAUUAAUGAAGGACUAUUUUUUUAUUUGAGUGUGUUUUUAAAAUGAAGGCUUAUUACUGAAUCACAUGUGAACUGUAAUUUACGAUAAUUGAGCCACAUAUGAACACUGUGCAAAAAAAAAACUGUGACAGAUGUGAGAUUACUGUUGAUGCUUGUAGCUUGCAGAUCUUGGUGGUACUACAUGGAGUGGUGACUAUUAACUUUUUUAAACAGCCUUGACUGUUACUUGGUCAUUUUAACAUUUAACCAGCUUAGCUGCAUUAGAAUAAGGGACUGGUUCUCUCAGGGCUUAAGCCAGCUGUAGGCUUAACAGCUGAAUUUCUAAUUCUAAUGCCAGGAGGUAAACACAAAAAAAUACCAAUUCAUGUGGAAAUUCAAGAUCUAUAAAUCAGAAUAGACUAGAAAUAAAGUCUUUCUCCCUUCAGUCCACUUCCAAUAUCACAUUAGAUACAUCUCGUGUCUGUACGGUAACAAUGAAGCUAAAGCCGACCACAGGCUAGUUUAGCUUAGCACAAAGACUGGAAAUAAAGGUCCAAUGGUAACAAAAUCCAUCUUCCAUCACCUUUAAAGCUCAGUAAUUAACAUGUUACUAUACUUCAAAUGUACAAAAAACAAAGAAAAAAAAGAAAAACUGCUGUUUUUUGACUGUUUCCAUUUCCCAAAUUGUCAAACUUUCCUUGAAGUUUGUCUGUAAAAGUGGGAGUUUCUAUCUCAUUUUAAGAAUCAAUCUUACUUUUUGCUUGCCAUAGUGACCCACAUAUGAUCCAUAUAUAUAUUAUAUAUUUUAGACAUUGAAAUUAGAGCAGCAGAAAAUUCAGUUUAAACACUUUUACUGCACAAACGGUGUGUACUGCAAGUUUCAGCUGACUGUGAAUACAGUUUGGAUUUACACAUAGAUUGGGUUAAAGAGAAAAUGAUUUUGAAACUUCAGAAAUAUCUUCCAGGACUUUGCCAUGUACUUCCUUUGAGUAAAAUUAAAUCAUAUUAAAACUCAGCAUUAAUAUAGAUCUGGUUAUGUCAGACUAUCAUGGAGAGGGCUCAGCUGUUGUGACAACUUAAUGCCAUUAACUCCAUCUGAAGACAUGAGAGAAAGAACGUUAUAGAAUCAAUUAAUAAGACCAUGUGAUUUGUUCAUCAAUUUAGAAACUUCUGUUUAACACUGUACUUUUAUUUUAGUAAUUUGAUUGAUUGAUUGAUUGAUUGAUUGAUUGAUUGAUUGAUUGAUUGAUUGAUGCAAAUAUGAGCCUACUUUAGCAUGCGUGUAUUUACAACAUAAGCAAUAAAAACAGCGUCAA